ACAGUAAUUGGACUCGGAACCAACCGACGGUUCUGUCAGAACUCCGGUAGGUUCUUGGGUCGGGUUCUACUGAGCUUCAGAACAAUGAAACCCAGGAUUCAGGACCAGAGUAUUUCUGAGUCCAGAGAGCUGGAUCGAUCCUACGACCCCCUCACAGGUAACCUACCAUCCAAACCCAAUAAAAAGACCAUCAAGCAGCGUUUCCUCAAACUCCUCCCAUGCUGUGGUGCCGGCUCAAAUCCGUCACUCAAUCAAAGAAGUCUCAAUCAUCAAGGUGAGCUGUCCACAGUUUGCUGCCGACCCGAUGGACUGGACAGUCUCAUCCAGCAGACCAAGUUCAGCAGGAAGGAGCUGCAGAUCCUCUACCGCAGAUUCAAAAAUGAGUGUCCCAGCGGCGUGGUGACCGAGGAGACUUUUAAAACCAUCUACUCCCAGUUCUUCCCUCAGGGAGAUUCCAACAUGUACGCCCACUUCCUGUUUGAAGCUUUCGACACCCAAAACAAGAUUAAACUUUUUUCAAGUUUUAACAAAAACAUGAAAUCUUUUAACCAAAAAGAAAUAGAUGGGGGACAUGAAGCUUUCCAGGAUAAUAAUUUUCUGCAUCAUGCGAGCAAUGAGAAAAUGGGCAAGAAUAAAGAUGGCGUGGUCACCAUCGAAGAGUUCCUAGAAACAUGCCAGAAGGACGAGAACAUCAUGCAAUCGAUGCACCUGUUUGACAAUGUGAUCUGAGACCAAGGAGACUCCGCCCACCCAUCCAGGGUCCACAAGUCCUGAAUCCACUUUGUCCCGAGUUACGUCAGAGACCACAUCAACCAGACUGAGCUUCUCUCACCGGAUCAACUUUUUCCCAACUGGACUCUCAUGCAGCACUUUAUUAUUACUUUCAUCCACAAUGAAAAGAACGCUGGAAAAAUGGUUUUGCACAAACGAGUCUCUAACGUGUUCAGUUCAUCAAAUUACAUUUAAGACAAGAAAAACAAAAUGUGCAGAAAAAUUUAAUUCAUAGAUAAAAUAAAAGGUGACAAGUCCUCUGUGUCCAUCAUAUUCAUUGUGUCAUAUUCAUGUCUGACAAAAUCCAUCUAAAUACAGAAUUAGAGCUCAAGAAGUUCACAGACAUGACCCGCCUUCACAUGCCAGCAGCAGGAAGCGCGUGCGGCUAACAGCAGAGAGGCGCUGAGCUCCAACAGUGAGAGCUUCUCGCUGCGUGAUGUAAAUCACAUCUGAGGACAAACAGCUGCAAAGACCUUCUCAGGAAACAUCAGUCUGCAGAAGAUCAGAACUGCAGUUUUCUGCUCGGUCAGUUUACUUCAUAACAAACGUUAGAACUUCAGGGUCGUCUGUGAGUCACGUCUGUUACCGUGGCAACAAAUUCAACAGCUGUGUCCUCCAUCACUAAUGAUGUCUUUUACAUCAUCUAAUAGAUUGACUGUAUAAAACUGCAGUUUUUUUCAGAAUUAAAUCAAAGACCAAAGUGAAAAUGGUUCAUUCUUAUACAACAGUUAUGGAGACCAAUUUAAAAAGAACAAUAAUAAAAAAAAAUUAAUAGACAUGUAUGUUUAAUAUAACUUUUUAUUUAACAAAAUUUCAGUAAAAACUUUUCUUGUAGAAAGACAUUCCCUGUCAGUAGUUUGGUCUAGCUGUGGGCUGUCCCCAAUAACAAGAAUAUAAGAUGUUCACUAAUAAUUGGAGAAAAAAAACCCAUAAAAC